CGCGGGGAGCUCGUCACUUCAACUUAUCCUACAUACCUACCCACCACUACAACGCCCUGCCUCAACAUCAGAUCUCACGGUACCAUCGAAACUGUGACUUCUUGGCUACAGGAAUCAGGCAAGAAUGUUUCGCGCUCAGCAGAACGCUUUUGACGAUGUCGUCGCCAAGGCGACCGACGAGAAUCUCACCUCCGAGAACUGGGAAUAUAUCAUGGAUGUGUGCGACAAGGUAACUGGCGAGGACAGCGGUGCAAAAGACGCCGUGGCAAGCAUGAUCAAGAGGCUGGCGCAUAGAAAUGCCAAUGUUCAGUUAUACACUUUGGAACUUGCAAAUGCGCUCAGUCAAAACUGCGGUCCCAAAAUGCACCGAGAGCUUGCUUCGAGAGCCUUCACGGAUGCACUACUACGUUUAGCUAGCGAUCGAAACACACAUCAGCAGGUAAAGGCAAAGAUAUUAGAACGUAUGCAAGAAUGGGCGGAGAUGUUUAAGGACCCGGAUCUUGGUAUCAUGAAAGAUCAAUACUACAAACUCAAGACCCAAAACCCGAACCUGCACCCGCCGUCAGCCCCGCAGAAGAGUCGGCUUACGGAUUUGGAUCGUCAGAAGGAAGAAGAAGAGCUACAGAUGGCAUUGCAAUUGUCUAUCCGUGAUGGGAGCCCCAAAGCACCAGCAAAUGCUUCGCAGGCAGCCAGCGGACCUUCCCAAGCUCAGCCAGCCCCCGUGCAACAGCCAAUGCCUUCGGGUACCACAGCAGCUACUGUCUCGAGAGUGAGAGCACUAUUCGACUUCCACGCGACCGAUCCUGACGAGUUGACUUUCCGAAAAGGCGACAUCAUCGCUGUCCUAGAGUCUGUCUACAAGGAUUGGUGGAAGGGGCUGCUCAGAGGACAAACUGGUAUCUUCCCGUUGAACUAUGUUGAGAAGCUGGCAGAUCCGACUCCAGAAGAAUUACAACGGGAGGCACAAAUGGAAGCAGAGGUGUUUGCGGAAAUUAAGAAUGUUGAGAAGCUCCUUACAUUAUUGAGCACUUCAACAUCUGACCUUAAUGUCCGGGAUAAUGAAGAGAUCACCAAGCUAUACCACUCCACACUAGCUAUUCGUCCAAAGCUCAUCGAGUUAAUUGGCAAAUACUCUCAAAGAAAAGAUGAUUUCACACAGCUUAAUGAAAGAUUUAUCAAAUCUUGCCGUGACUAUGAGCAUCUUCUUGACGCUUCGAUGGGAGCACAGCCUACAUAUGGCCGCUAUGGUGGAGGAUAUCCACCGCAAGCUGCGCCACCUCAAAACGACCCUGGCCGAUAUUAUAGUCCGAAUCCGCAACAAGAUCAACCAUACCCACCUCAACCUCUCAGGACUGGGCCAUCACCUUUCUAUGUCGUAGCCCAGCAGCAUCCACCACAAGGCGGCCAAGAGCCCCAAGGUCCUCCAGGUCAACAAGCAUACCCUCCAAGGGAUAACACUCCUCGCAUACCUUCCAACCAGCAGCCGCCUCCAUCCCAAUCACCGCCACCCAAUCAAUAUACCGGCCCCCAACCUCAGACUGGUCAUCGUCCGGAGAGCACAUACAGCAACCCCCAAGAACUUGCAACCUCGAUAUACAACUCUCCUAUUGGAAACCGUCGCGAUUCCACUUAUAGUAACUCGCUAUACUCUCAAGAAGACCCAUACAGCGCCGGUGGAAGCGGAACAGGUCAGCCACCUUUAGCACAACAGCAAUACAGCGCAUACGCUCCCCAAAGACAACCAAGCUACGAUGCCCCUCCCGCACCAUCUGGAGCUGCACCGCCCGCUCCUUCAGGUCCAAUUUAUCCUUCCAUUCCCGGAGAUGCUAGGCAAACUCUACCCUCUCAAGGACAGUACAAACCGUAUCCAGGCACAGCAGAGAAUGUAGCUGCACCGAGUGCGCCUCCAGGUGGACCAGCGGAUUUCUAUAGGCAGAGCACGGCGUACUAGUUUAGUUCCUAAUAAUGAAUUUCCUAGUUAACGAACUCGGUCGCUCCUUCAAGUCGGGCAUCUUGAUACGAAGCUAGCAUAUUGGAUGGAUGGGAAGGAAGUCAGUCACAUGGGC